ACGGUUCGACCGUUUUAAUUCAAGUUUUGUGUUUCUUGCUUGAAAAUUAAAAAAAACGAUUGUAAAAUACUAUUUUUAGCCGGUCGUAGCAUGUAACGAGUUAAAUGAGAAUUCAUUCAUUUCAUAUUUAUAAACAAACAACCGAGGCCGUUAACGUGAUCUAACAAUCAUAAAUAACUUUUCAGUUUAACACAGAAAAGUAAAAUGAGCCUUGAAGGAGAUGGAAUCCAGGACGAAUACGCUGUCACAGCCCUUCAAAUUUUCGAGUAUUGUGGAGCCGAUAGUUCUAGCUCGUUACGGGUGGAUGCCCUUAUGGACAAAUUCGCGCCUUUCGUUAAAACUAACAAAUCUGAAUACAGUUACCUGAAGUCAUUGUUAGAUCCAGAUCAAAAUAAUCCAGAAAUAACAGUUACCAAAUUGGCUGAAAGUUUGAAUAAGUACAGUGAAAGCCAAAAAGUUAAGGUGGAUCUGGAAGAAAGCUUUAAUUUGAGAAAUGGACAGGCUCCACAUGAUUCAGACUCUGGAAUUUCAACUGAUGGUUUUCAACUUAUAGAGGAGUUACAAUGCGAGCUAAGAGAAAAAUCCCAUUUGGUACAUCAGCUGCGCAGCCAACUAGAUUUCACGGACAGGCAGCACGAAGAAGCGGUCUCUGCUCUCUCUGCCGAGCGGGAUUCCCUACGAUCGCAUCUUAAUAUGCUUCGCGAGGAGAAUAUGAUAUUAACGCACGUCAGACGCGACUAUGAAGACGUAUGUGAGCGAUUAUGUAAUAGUGAACGGGCAUUGGAUGAUGUUAAAAGGCAGGUUGAGAGUAGCAAGAAGAAGCUACGAGUGAUGACCCAACAAGUUUCUACACUUGAGACCGAGAAACUGACACUGACCGAGCUUCUCGCGAAAUCAAAGGAGGAAUGUCACCGUAUAAAUGACAGAUACGCGAGUAGACAAAGUGCGUUGUUGGAGCAAAACGAGCGCCUGCGAAGCGAACAUGCUGACCUGAGCGUAAGGCUGCAAGACCAUGAUGAGGUCAUGAAGACCCUCUCAAAGGAAAAGAUUCAAUUGGAGAUGGAGUUGAAGGAGAUGUUAAAUAAAACAAACCAGACACAGCUGAGGUUGGACCGCUCCUUCGACAUCAGCUACACCGAGGAUCAGAUUUUGACCGCACUGGACAGUCUUAAUGCUGAUAGCAGGUUCUGUACCGAUAAACGGAUUGUAGAUGACUCAUUUACUUUCAAAGACGAAGGCCGAACAACUAAUAUGUCUCUCUUUGACGAAAUUAGACUUAGCUUUUGUAACAUGUCCCAUCAUAAUAUGACUGAUAUUUGUACGAAUGAUAAAGAUCUUGAUAAUUCUAACUCUGAGAUCGCUACACAGACGGACAGUACAGAUAACGAAAAAGAUAGUGUUAUUGAUAAGGAAUAUAUUAAUAUUGAAGUACAAACUGAUAUUAAUGAGUAUAAGCGAACAAGUGAUGCUGAAUCACAAACAAAUUUAGAACAUAAUGACUUAAAUGCUGAAAUACAAACUUUUGAAGGGUUUAUGUCAAGAAGUAAUGGUGAAACACAAAAUAAAUUGAAACAAUGUGAAUUGAAAAAUGUUGAAACACAAACCAUUGUUGAACAAAAUUACUUUAAAAGUGUUGAAACACAAACCAGCGAAGAACAAAAUUACUUUAAAAACGCUGAAAUAGAAACAAUUCAAGUGUCUAAUCAAACAAGUGAUGUCGUAAGCCAAACAAUUAUAGAACAAAAUGAAACUAGAAAUGCCGAAGUACAAACUGAUCUCGCAAAUAAGUUAGUUAAUUCUGAAGUACAAACAAAUGACACUAGAACUCUUACCAUCGAUGUUGAAACACAAACUGAAAUGAAACCAAAAAAUACGGAAAACAAAGCAAAAAUUCGAAAUUUUAAAAUUCCUAUAAAAUCAACAAGGCGAACAAAGAAAGACGCAGCGAUACAAACAGAUAUAAAUACGAAUAAUAAUGUCAACAAGUGUUUGGAAUGCGAUAAAUUCGAUAAAUAUACAAUUCAAUUGGAAAAAGACUAUAACAAUUCCCGUAUCAUGCUGUUAGAUGUGAAAAAUGAAAUCGAGAAAUAUGAGAAUAAUUUAAAUGUCCUUAAAAACAUUGUUGACGAGGGAAAUGAUAGGAAUAUCUAUUUGAAAUCUGUUGUCGAUGGGUUGAGAGGGAAUUUGAGCGUUUUAGAAGCGGCAUGUUCUAAACAAAAUGAAGAAAUAGAGAAACUAUCUUGUUCUGUGUCUUCAAUUGAAGUGCAAACUGAAUUUGAACAAGUGUCAACGUAUUCACAAACAGAUUUGCCUUGUUCCAAUUGCGUUAAACGGAACGGAGCUCAUCGCUUAAGGAGGUAUCUUUGGGACCCGUUGAAGUGUCUCUUCCAAGCGUUCGCUGUCAUCUGCUUUAUAUUCGCACUCUCCGCGUUAUACGGCGUCAGUAGGCGUUGGCAAUCUCCGUGCGCUCCCCUGGCACCAUGGAGCUGGCUGCAGCCUCACGAUUUCAUGGAUCUGUUCUUCCGUAUCGAGUAUAUAGCUGAUGUACCUAUGUAGACUUAGUUUUGUUGUAAUUGGUAAAUAUAUGGUGAAAUAUUGUCAAUUGUCAAAUGUCAACUGUCAACUGUCAUUGUUGUUAGUGAAGUUUGUGUUUAGAUUACGGGCGCACUAGCGAUGUUAGUUAGUUUUAGGUUUUUUAAUCCAAAAUGCACCUUAAUACGAGGGAAGAAAGUGCGUUUUUUAUCUAUUUCAGUUUGGUUGCGUAACCAAAAUUGAGAUUUUUUAUCCAAAUUAUCGAUUUAAACGCGUUUGUUUCCUUUAAUUUAUAUUAACAGACUUGAAUGAAUACUUUAAAAAAAAAUCAAUUUUUGGUUCGACUGGCAUCCAUUUACCAUACAAUAUGUAUUGUUAACUAUGAAUGUUCGGUUUUCCAAAUUCUCGCUCAAAUUUUGCAUACAAAAAUAGUACAGAUUACUAUUCUGUGAUAAACUAGUGCCAGUUACAUUAAUAAAGAUCAAUCGCCAGUAAUAUCUCUUCUGAUUAAUAUUACAGUAAAAGUAAAAAUAUACUAAACGUACCAUUUAUUUGGUAAGCAUAUUUCGAAUCCUCAAAACGGCUGGACCGAUUUUGUUCUGAUGAUUACGAAAAUACUUAAUACAAAACGCUAAGGGAAAAGAAAUGAGUAGUGUAUGUGUAUAUGUAACGAAAUCCGCAAGUUUAUAAAGUGCCUAGGAAAUUAAUAAACUUACCGAUCUCUCACUUUAAAUAAUCAGUCAGCCAUAAGCAAACGGCAUGUGCGCUCUAAUUUGUUUAAUAAGUCGCUAACCUAACCGUUUCGGGUCUUACGAGUGAAUAUCCGUCUGUUUAUAAAAUUACAAAACGUUGCAAAUUGAUAAAUUUGUGAAAAAGUUAAGAAAAUUUAUGGCAAAAUCCCAUUUAAUAUCUCUUUCGAUCGCAGUGUAGAUGCUACGACGAAAAGAGACGGUAUAUAUUAAGUAGAAUUUCGAGCAGCUUGUAAUACAUUAUUUUAAUAAAACAAUAAUACCAAAUGCAGACAUUCAAAGUUGAAUCUCAUUUGCAUUUAAUUCUGUGGUUAAAUAUUUGAAUGUGGUUUGUCUGGGCUUUGUGUAUUUCAUCUAUUUCUUGCCUUACUUUGACUAUAAACUUAAGGGCCUACAAUUAUUUUUAUAUCCGAAAAUAACUAGGGUUUUUAAAAGUUUUCAAUGUUUUACCAUAAUACAAUUCUGGGGACAUUUUUUUCCAAUAUGGUCGCAAAUCGCAAUAGUCUUACUUGUCAAGAUUCAGAUCAGAUUUCAGAUGUAAUAUAAAUACUUCAAUCUUCACAAAUUAAUAAUUCUGUAAAGACAUUAAAAUAAACAUAAUACAAGAACCUGCCAAAACACUUCUCUAGUCGAAAUGGCGUUGCACCAGUCAUAUGGACUGCAUCAUUUUUUAUAUGUUAUAUAUUUUUCUAUCAAUAACAAUCUCCGACGGAAUAAAACUACGGUAUUAUGGAACGUCAAUUAAUCUCAAGAGCUGUCAAAAAGUGUCCGUGUGAAGUUUGACAUUUGACAGUGACUUGAGAUACAAAUAAGAAUAUGUUUCCCAGACAGUAAUAGGAUUGGACAGGCAAAAACAUCUCGGUCUAAUACAAAGGAAAUUUGUUAAAAAUAAUUGUAGGUAAAUCUAGACUAUAAUUUUAGGUUAAAAAGUAUUAAGUUGAUACCAAAAAUACUUUAAGUUGACUCUAACAUACUAAGUUUCAUUUUCUUCUAUUAAAAUGUUUUCUAGGAAUAAUUUUUUUGUAGUCGCAAAAAUGUUGCUUGUUUGCUUCGGCUCUAAAUUAACGCGAUUUAAAUGUUAUUUAUCGCUAAAUCUCGUUUCUGAGUACUCUUAGACUGACUUUCUAAAUAUCAUCGCAACGAAAAGUAAAUAUUAAAAUUCAGUCAUUAUUAAUAUAAAAUAUUGUAACAAUACUUAUGUCAAUAGACUACAGUUUGGCAGUUACAGAUUUUGACGUUAGAAAAUACAUAGAUUAUACAUAAAGGUUAUGCCAAAUACUUCUGUAAUUUAUGUUUUAAAAUGUCUUCCUUUUAUCAGUCACGAUGAUGAUUUUGCAUUUAUUUUUAAUAGAUAUAGGUUGUGAUGUUUGUAAUGUUGAAAUUAAUAUUUUAUGUUGAUUAUAAUACAUUGGUGCCUUUUUAAAUUUAACUAGCAAGUAGCUCUAUUAAUGGGACAAGAUUAUGCCAGUGUUUAAAUUUGUAGAUAAACUUACUGCAUCGCAAAAA